AAUCGUGUGCGGCGCUCCUAAGGGUUUUAAAAAGCAAAUUUUAAGCUUUUUAUUCAUUUUCACAGACAGAGAAAUAUUACAGACUGAUUCAUACUCCUAUGAGCGAUCAAAAAUCGAAAUGAUACUUUUACUUUAACGUUGAAUAACUCAGUGAAAAACAUCACAUUAAAAUCUGCAGAUUGUUGCGAAAGCGAGAGUGGCCAUCUCUAUGCUCUGCCCGCUAGCAAGCAACGCAUGAGCGAGGUUAAAAAUGAUACAUAUCAGUGAGGAGGUUAUAGGACUAGACCGGCAUCAUUUACGCAUCACUUGAGGGGGUAACGAUGAGAAUCAAUCGUCGGAACAAGAUGACAAACGCGGGGCAUCGCGUCAUACGACGGUAACGUGGUGUUUUUAGGGCUGCUUCUUCGUACGCGCGCGCGCGCGCGCGCGUGCACGUUGCUCGUGUUUGACAGGUAACGUCGACAAACACGACGGCACGACGGAGUGACGACGGGAAACAUGUUCGUGUACGUCUGGUCCUUGGUAUGCUGGUACCUAAGGCCUAUCGUGAAGUGGUUCCUACGUCGGACCACGCAGAUGUGCGAGCUGCAAAGAAUCUGCUACGGCCAACCGUCGGGGGCGGCGCGCACCUUCGCCGUCGAGAAGUCCCUGAGACGAUCGCGUAACGCGAACAUCCGGGCAUUGGUCGCGCAUCUGAAUGACACCGCUGAUCAGCGUGGGAUAAGUACGAAGACGGAGCGCAAGAUCCUCGAGGUGGCCAUCAAGACUGUGCUGGAGACGAAGAAUAUCAACCCUGCCGCUCACCCGGACUUCGCCAAGUCGUUCGGCAAAUGCGUGGAGCUGAUUUGGGGCUACCAUCAGCUGUGCGUCGAAUGCGAGGAGCUUAGAAAGACGCCCUACAGUACGGACAAUCUCGAGCACGAGCAGCUGUUGCUGAAGCUGUGGAAUCUGCUGAUGCCGCGCGAGCCGUUGGACGCGCGGGUAACCAAGCAGUGGCAGCAGAUCGGCUUCCAAGGGGACGAUCCGAAGACGGACUUCCGCGGCAUGGGCAUUCUCGGGCUGGAGAAUCUCGUUUAUUUUGCUCAAGAGUAUCCGAACGCGGCCACUCAUGUGCUGUCGCACUCGAUUCAUCCGCGUUACGGCUACGCGUUCGCAAUCGUCGGCAUAAACCUCACCAGCAUGGCGCUCAAGCUGCUGAGGGACGGCAGUGCGAAAACUCACAUAUACAACUACUCCAAAACUUUGCCGACAGUUCGUGCCUUUCACCAGUUCUAUUGUUACCUGUUCUACGAAUUCGAUGGCUUUUGGAUCGACUCGAAGCCCAGCAAUAUGAUGGAGUUCUCAUCUAUACAGGAGCAAUUCGAGAACAGCAUUAGAAUUGCAUUGGCUAAUCCAUCGACUGUUUUCAGGAUAAACUUGGCAGUUGACAAUAUCUAAUACGUUAAUACGAGUGCCUUUUACUCGUAAGACAAGACCAAAAUAUAGCUGCAUAGAAAAUAAGUACAAUGUCCAGGCUAUCGUACACCCAUACAUAUAUACACACACAAACUUAUUUUUUAUUAUGUAUUUUCACAUUAUCAGCUUGAUUGUGAUAUUAAGGCUUUUGAUUCCUCACUGCGAAACUUUUGAUUGAUAAUGUCAGAGGUAAGAAAAUACCCGACAAUAAAAAUUCUUGCAAGAUACGUAGAAAUAAAAAAAAUAUAUCUAUAGAAUGAUACAUCGAUCGGACAUAUCUAUAAAAUAUUCCGAGCGUUUUCCUUUUGCUUUAACAAUCAAUAAAUUGCUGUAAAAUUAACACGACAAGUAACCUGCCUUUUUAAUCUGCAUUUUUUAUUUUGCCACGUUAAUUUUAUAGUCAUUUAUUGAUUGUUGGAAUAAAAAGAAAGUGUUCAGACUAUUUUCUCAAUCUUCUCAAUCGAUCGCAGGUGCCAUUUUAUAGACACAUCAAUUCUAUAUAUUUUGUGAAUUUUUAGCUUGUGUUUUCUUGCUUUUUUGACGUCAUAAAUUAAGAUGGACGCGCAGCGAGCAGCCAGGUCUUAAGAUGACAUUUGAGUGAAUAGUAGAUAGGUUUCUCCACUAUAGAGAUUCCUGCCUUUUCCUUAGUAGUGUAAUACAGUUAACACGUCGAUGUUCUGCAUCAUAAUUAUGUCAAUUAUGUCAAGUUGUUAUAAUUUUAGUUUCUCUUGAGUUCACGUAAAUUCUA